ACUACGAAAUAUGUAGGCUGCUAGUAAAUGGAGGAUCAGUCUUCGGGUUCAACCUACAAAAUAUAGCCUACUUGACAAUCAUCACAUACUUCGUACAAAUGAUAUUUAGAUCCAGUCAUGACCAGGGGUGUAGUGCUGCCGGACAACACUGGGCCAAUUUUGUGCUACCCCAUGGGACUCACGGUCAUGGCGGGUUGUGACACAGUCUGGGAUCGAACUGGGAUCUGUAGUGACGCCUUGCCUAAGACCGCUGCACUACUUGGGAGGCCCCUGUAGUGUGAAGGACCUCUUUAAUUUAACAUCAUGGAUUGGACUAUUGGGAAGGAGAGAAUUCCCUCAUGUAAUAGUGAACUGCCUAAGGCCUCAAAGAAUGCCUCCGGAACCAACCUCACUAUCAAUCUGAAUGAAAUGCUCAGAUCAAAAGCUGCCGUGGAAAGGAAGCGUGUUCCAAUCCGCCCACCCAACCCAAGAGCCCCUGCACCCAGGGAACUGGAGUUUAGUCGAGGCCUUUCGUGUGAGCCCAUGCCCAAACCCAUUAUCCGAAGACGUGCACGAUCUCUGUCCUCCUCCACAGAGUGGAAGAGGCACACUCGUAAUGUUGGGGUGCGUUUUGUAGACUGUCUGGGUCUGGACCUAGAGGACGUUAAGGUUUUCAAAACCGGAGAGGAUCCCUUUGUGCCACAACAUGUCUCCUUCAGGCUUUUGAUGGGUGCAGAGCUGGCUGGGGGGAAGAACUUGGAAAUCUCGCUGCCGUAUCUGAAGCCGGUGUUCCCUCAGCAACCCGGUGAUCGACCUGAAUUCUUCAGCCGCCUGCGCCAGCAGAGGGUCUGUCUGGAGAGGGUUUUGUGCUUUGACCUGGGCAUCAUCGGGAUCACUCAGGUCCUCAACCUCCAUUUUGAGAAAGAGGUGAGCGUGCGCUAUUCAUUCACAGGAUGGAGGUGCAGCUCAGAAACCAAGGCCUCCUGGGUAUCCACCACCUGCAAUUCCUGGGAUGGAACGCAGGAGCAGCUCAAUUGUGACACCUUUCGUUUCCACCUGCCUGUUCCUCCCUUCCUGCUACCUGGAGCUGCUUUGGAAUUUGCUGUCCGAUACAAAGUGUCCGGGAAAGAGCACUGGGACAACAACGAGGGGCAAAACUACAAGUUGGUCUGCCAUAGCUACAAGCUGACUGUGCCCAAGGAGUGUGAGCAUAGCAUGGUGCAUUUUAUUUGAGCUCAUUCAACAAGGAGCAUUUACUGGUUGCUCUCAUAAGUUCCAAUUAAUAAUUUGGCCAUAAGGUCAAAACCAUCAGACCUGAGAGGCAGCAGUAGUUUUCAGAAAAAGACAGAUCUGGUAUAUAUGAAUAACAUGUUAUUGGAGCACUCAGCUAAUAGAGAACCACAUCAUGGUUGUCUGUGACUGGUGGAAGCCAUGUUUAUUAUUCAUUCAUACACAUUUAUUUUAACAGAGCACACCUAUUAGUAUUGGAGUACAUGUUUUCAAAUGCAAAUGCACUUUAUUAUAUACAGUGCCUUCGUAAAGUAUUCAGACACCUUGACUUUUUCCACAUUUUGUUACAUUACAGCCUUAUUCUAAAAUGGACAUAAAUCUGCACUCAAUGCCCCAUAAUGACAAAGCAAAAACAGGUUUUUAUCAAUUUGAGCUGGCCUCUCGGCCAAACUGAGAAAACGUGGGAGAAGGGCCUUGGUCAGGGAGGUGUCCAAGAACCCAAUGGUCACUCUGAGAGAGCUCCGGAGUUCCUCUCUGUGGCACUCUACCAAGCAGGCCUUUAUGGUAGAGUGGUCAGACGGAAGCUACUCCUUAAUAAAGACGCGUGACAGCCCACUUGGAGUUUGCCAAAAGGCACCUAAAGACUCUCAGUGUUACGAUAAUGAGUGAAGA